AUGUCGUCCUCGGUGCCGAUGCGUCGACAUGACCCGCGGCGGGUGUGCCUCAUCUCGAUGCCCAAGAUUGCACUGGGACCGAGGAAACGAGAGUAUCUCGUCUACUUUUCCGGAGCUUUGGUGAGUACUGUCGUAUGCGUGGUUCCCUGUUUUGGAUGCCAUCGGCCCAGUCUUGAUCCUCGCCAGAUCGAGUCAUUCGAUUCGGCGUGCGCGGCCAACCCCCACUCGCCUCUCGUCUUCGAUUACUUCUCCUCUAAAUCGAGUCGGCCAUGCUGAACACAACCCAUCGUUCAUCUUGUUGACAGUUCGCGCUCGGGUGGUGGUGCUUCCUGGACGCAGCGAUCCUCUCGUCGCAUGCGACCCCCCCGGCCGACUCGGGAAGUUACGACCCUGUGCCCGUGCACGUCUCGUUCGCCGACUGGACCCCGGGCAUCUGUUCGACCUUGGGCAUGAUCAUCGUCAACCUUAUCAACAAGGAGCACCUCUUGAACGACGAGGGUGAAUGGGAGGGAGGUCUUCUCGGCGGUGGGGUCGCGUGGCGAGCGAGGCUCUUCUUAUUCGUCGGAUUCGCUUUGAUGGCUGGUGGGCUCGCUGGAAGUGUUGUAAGUACCACAACAGACCAUUUGUUAUGCCCACUCCUUGAAGUGCCAGCGGUCACUUUUUGUUCUUGAGGAGGUACAGUUCGCCGAAGGCUGACCCCACCUUCUGUGGCCCCUCUUGAUUGUGCGCAGACGGUGCUGGUGAUCAAAUACGUUAUCCCACCUUAUCCUGGCAACUUUGGCGUCGAAUGGGGUGUUGCAAAUGUUCUCCAAUCCAGUACGUCUUGCGUGUUGCUCCCCUCCAUGGGUCUUUCCCGUACUCACCCACUUUGCCGCCUUCAUCUUUCGCAGUCUGCAUCAUGUUUUCGGCUGUCGUACUGUGGACGGCCCAAAACGCCGACAAUGACUACGAGUACAACCUGCAGCUUUGA